UUUUGCGUCCUUUCUCUUUCUAGUUACAGGGUUAACGUAUAAGCACAUAAGGUGCAUUUCCUUCCAAGUAUCUGACCAUUGCAUUGACAACGGUUUUUUAACUGUUCUUGUUGGUAGUAGCGAUUUGUUUCGACAACUUCUUGUUUUAUAAUUUCUGCUGUGAAAAAAUAAAUGGGAAGAUUCAAGUGGUGUAUCUGCAUCACUGGUUGGUCUUUUAAGUCCAGAGAAUUCUAAAAAUUGUGCAUUACUGUUUAGGUUUUGGUAUAUGUUACAUCAACAUUCUUUUUCUUUGCAUUGUUGUUUUUUUGUUUUUGUUUACCAUGAUGCGAUUCCAGGGUUUCCUUUUACAAGGCGCAUUAUUUGUUUUCGUAACGUUUUUUUUUUACUUUGGAAGAGCUUGAGGUAGGAACAUCAUUAGUAGGGACAUGACCAGAAAUAGAAGCAGCAACUGAAAGAGUAUCAUCAUCAUUAUCAUAGUCACUUUCACUUUCACUUGCAUCACCAUCACAUACUGAUAAAUAAACAUUUUUUUGCUGACUUUUUCAUGUGCUAUGCAACUAAAAAAGGCCUUCUGUUUACAUGCAGCACUGAAGUCAUGUUAUAUUGUUCAAUCAAACAAAUUAUGUGAUAUUUUUACUACUCACAUGGCCAAACAGAACACAUGGAUCAGGAAGAAAGCGAACAUCAACAAUAGGUUCAGCUGGAAAAUCUAGCUUUGCCCCAUCUCCUUCAACAUAAUCUUCAACUGAACUUUAUCACUUGUGUCAUUAUCAUAUUAACCAUUGGUUUCGUCAUCAGAAGCAAGAACUGCAGCUAAAACUUGCUCAGUUGUCAGCCCUACUCGUUUGCUAGCAGCCAUUUUCAAUCUGGUGGUUCCUGUGAGUGUUCACAAAAUGUUGAGAUAUCAAGACGCUAUUUUAUUUAUAUCUACCAAUCAAAAGUUGGAUAUUUCACUUCGUAGGGAUGUGCAAACAAAAAAACAUUUGAAGAAUGUAUAUUCAGCAUUGGCUAUCUCAACCUUAUCAGCUGCAGUUGGAGCUGGAAUUCAUGUGCUUACACAUUUCUUGCAAGGUGGAUUAUUGGCUGGUCUGGGCAGCAUUGGCUUUGUUUUGGCACUGGCCUUUACAGAAAACUCUUCAAAGAACCAAAUAAAGCGACUAGGUUAUUUAGUCGGGAUGGCAUUUUGCACAGGUUUGUCACUGGGACCUCUUAUGGAUCAAGUGAUUGAGAUAGACCCAACAAUUGUGUCGACUGCAUUCUUUGCUUCGUGCUUGAUAUUUGUCUGUUUCUCACUGAGUGCAUUAUGGGCUGAAGAUCGAAGUUACCUAUACUUAGGAGGUACACUGUUCUCUGGUGUGUCCAUCAUGAUGCUACUUAGCUUCAUGAAUAUUUUCUUCCAAUCAAACUUAAUCUUCCAGGUCUACUUGUAUGGUGGCUUGCUUUUGUUUUGUGGUUUUAUUUUGUAUGAUACGCAAUUGAUUAUCGAAAAAAGAAGAAACGGAGAUGAUGAUUUUAUUUGGCAUUCAGUUGAUUUGUUCUUGGAUUUCAUCAACAUUUUCAGACGAACAAUGGUCAUUUUAGCUAACAACAAGAAGGACAAACGCAAGAAGAAUUAAGCUUCAGAUCUAACAGCAACAACAACAACGUUAUAUUAAUUGUGUUACAUUUUUCCUUGGAAUGUGUGUAUUUAAUAUUUACAGUUUUACAUUUACCUUUUUUUUAUGUAGUGUACAGAAGUGUUACUUAAUACAUUAUGUGUGCGGGA